AUGGGAGCUGGUCCAUUGGACGACCUUCUUUCUUUACUGAAACGACUUCUAGGAGUAUACAACAAGCUAUUCGGAUACCAUCAACGCAGCAAGAAAGAUUGUCAUCUGCCUGACACUCAUUUUAAUGAACAGAUUCAGGAAGUACUACGAAGGCACUGUGUGAUCAACCAGAAUGCUCAAUCUCAGCUUAUGUCUCCAGGAGAGUUUUUGACUUUUAUUGACUGCAGGUCGACGAACACUGCUUUUUGGGAAAGGAAUUACCCUGAUGCUGAUGUGCUCCGCUUUGGUUACUUUGUGUUUGCUCCUGUACUGAGGGGUAAAGUGGACGUAGAAGAAUUCUUUGAUGUUACUCUGCCAAAUAUCCCAUUUACAAUGAAUAGUUUUCCUGAUCUUCUGACAUUCGUUUUUACAAAGUCUCAAGCUGAUUUUGGCCCUACAGGCUUCUCGAAAUUAUGCGAAAUGUUGACGAAUUUUGAGCAGCUACUUCCGGGAACCCUAGACAAAUCUGAGAGAACGGCUCUAGAAUGUCGCAACCUGAAUCGGGCUCUACUUCUAUACACAGCUUGCUGCGUUGUUAGGAAAAAUCAGUCAACGAAGAAUGAAGUUGUCGAAACAAAAGACGAUGGUUAA